UCACUCACAACACGCUUCUCUCGACUGAUCGAAUCGAACAGCUGAGGACAUGCAUUUGAGCCAACGGGAAAACAGAAGACCGAUUACUAAAAGCCUCACCAACCGCUACAACAUAACCAGUGAUGGAAUAUAGUGUAGCGAAACCUGUGAUUUAAGGAUAAUCAUAUUUUUCUCUGUGGCAGAGCUGUUUAGUAAACGUAACGCUAUUUGCAUCUAAAGGACAAUAGCCAGAACUGAGCUUGGAAACGUUGUCGUCGAAUAUCGACAGCUGCCACGGUCGAAGAGCAUUUCUCCAGCCAAGAAGGGCAACGGAUUUAUUUGCUUGCUGAAAGCGUCCGGUUUUAUCCAACAAGCAAUGCGAGUCAGACAACACCGACCGCCAGUUUGUGAAACACGGAUAAUACAAUCUGUCGGGGAUUGGUGAGGAAAGUGAGACUCGACUAGCGGUCGUUGCUGUGCGGUGCGCUUCCAGUGAUCCAAGCGGAUUAAAUGAACGAUAUUUUUCUCCACUGUGCAGGGUUCGGAUCUUUUAUUCGUUGAUAUAUUCUGGGUUGUUUAUAACAAGGUGUUGUUCCCUAAAGGCAUUAUUAAACAAAGGAUCUACACAGAUUACAGUCCUAUUCUGCAACAGACUACGAAUAAGAAUCUCAGUGGACUCUUUACACUGUUUUGCAAUGUGUAUUAAUGCAGUAAAGCUUGUUUAAGGCUCCCACUAGAAAUCUGCACCAAAAAACUAGUCACUCAGGGCGAAUAGAAGUGGGCUGUUGAGACGUGUAUAGGAUAGAUAUUGCCAGCAUCAUCAGGGCUGAAAAUCCGAAAUGUGACAUUUUUCCAUUUGCCCUCAAAAACGUCCGUCACGUAAACGCCGCAUUUGUUUGCUGAGGAUUUGUUUACACCGGUCAAGGUGGCAUAUUUUCCGGUGCUGAUCUUUCUCCUUCCUAUUAUGGCCAUGAGUUUUGCCCAUAAAGAAGAGCCUGUAGUACCAUGGGGCUGUGGAUUUGGUCUGACACGCCCCUAUACUCUCCUGUGUGACUUGGAGACUAUUUGGGGUGUGGUGGUGGAAGGCUUAGCUGCUGGAGGCACUGUCGCAGCCAUCCUUUUGGCUCUGGUGCUGCUAUGUCGCCUUCGUUCAGUGACCGAGGCCGAGAAGCGAAGCGGUGUGGGCCCCAUUCUCCUGCUACUUGUGGGCAUUGUUGGUCUUUUCGGCCUAAGUUUUGCCUACCUCAUCGAGCAUAAUGAGAGCCUGUGUGUGAUACGCCGAGCCUUAUGGGGAGCCCUGUUUGCUCUCUGUUUCUCCUGCAUGCUGGCCCAGGGUGUAAGGCUGCGGCAGUUGGUACGAGAGAAACGUUGCCCUGGUGGAUGUGCUCUCACUGGGCUUGCUCUUGGUCUGGCAGCAGUCCAGGGCAUUGUGGCAGCUGAGUGGUUGCUCUUAACAGUGCUGCGACAGGGUCAGCCCGCCUGCCAAUAUGAGCCACUGGACUUUGCCUUGGCCUGCUCUUAUGUGCUGGCACUUUUGCUUGCUGCCCUCGUAGCAGCAGUGCUAGCAUUAUGCGGGAGGGCUCAGCCUUGGCGCUGUAAUGCUGUAUGGCUUCUGGUCUCCUGCCUGCUGUCCAUUUUACUGUGGGCUGCCUGGAUGGGCUUCUACCUCUACGGCAACGCAGCACUGGGGAAAGCUCCAGAAUGGGAUGAGCCUGCAUUGGCUGUGGCUUUGGUAGCACAGGGCUGGCUGUUGCUGCUAUGCCACGCUGCACCUGAGGCCCAUGGCUGUCUACAACCUCCACCACAGCCUUCUGCUCCAGACUACUUUGACACCUCACAGAACUCUACACGCUUGAGGGAAACCAGUUUUGAUGAGGAUAUUCCACUUUCACACAGGCAGUUUGUAGAGAAUCAGGGAUAUGCAUUUGAUGAAAAUGCAGCAGGGCUGAGGAGUGGAGGCCACCAUAAUGGUAACACAGGAACCAGACCCAGCGCCCCUUUUCGCAGUAAUGUCUACCAACCUACUGAGAUGACCAUGAUACUGAAUGGCGGAACAGUCCCAUCUGCACCCCCCACAUACACAGGAAGGCAGCUGUGGUAAAGGAACACUGGACAAAGAGGAGAUGGAAAAAAGCAUGAAGGCCAAAAGAUCCUGAAUUUGGAGGGCAAAGCCCUGAUGGCACUAAUGAUCCUAACUUUUGUAGGAAUUACCCCCAGGACUGCAGUGCGAGUGGAAUGAGUGAGGACUUUUGACUUGUGUAUAUGUGUGAGUGUUUGACCUUGUAGCUUCCAAGAAUUGAAGGAGCAUUGCAAAGAAUACUGUGAUUUACAGCUAUGGCUAUAUUCCAUAGCUUUUUAGAGUUUAACAAAAUAUGGAUUACUUUCAACAAUUACCAUUGUCAAAGUAAACAGAGCAAAUACUGUUUUUUAGUUUUUAAAAUACUGAUUUUUAGUUAUCACUGUCUUGUUCCACAGGUGUGUUAGAGUUUUACUUUUACUUAUUUAUUUUUGUUAAUUAUUAUUUUAAGCUUUUGUUUCAUCUUAUUAUUACUAUUGUCUCUUCUUUCAAAAUACAUAAAAAUACAAGUUUGACAAUCCACAGUCACUUCAAAUGCAUUUCUUCAAGUUGAUAUUCAGGGUAAAUGGAAGAAAACUCUAACCUUCUUGGCAUGUGUGUAUGUGAGAAAGAUUGCUCGUUUACCUUCCACUCACACUGCAGUGUCAGGCUGCAUGACUUGCCACAAAGCCUUUUCCUUUCAAGACUCUAGGCUUUAAAAUCAGUCCAUCUAAUGAUGGCCACUGCUUGGUUAUGUAUAUUUAAAAUUUCUCAAACAUAGUCCCUCUUCUUAGCAGUCUAACUGGCUAUACCCUGCCACCCUAUUAACACCAGCCUAAAUGACAGCAAGUUGUUUGAAAAUAGUGGGAUGUGGGGGAAGACAUGGUUGGGUAUCAGGAUUGUGAAUCUAGGUCAGAUGUCUGCCAUCAAACACACUAAUACACAUACACACACGCACGCACACAAGCACACCCACCCACUCCAUUAUUCUUUUUUACUACUGUCACCUUAUAUACAGUAUAAAUUAGAAUAUUUGCACAAAGGAGGUGACUUUUCAUUACUUGCAGAUUUUUAUUUGAGAGUGAUAUAAGAUUGGACUUUGAGUGUUGCCAUGCCAGUACUAAGAUGGACUCCGUCAAAGAGCUUUAUCACUGGAAGGGAUUGCUGCGUAGAUGAAUAACAUACUGUGAUUUGUUAUAUAAAACAUCUGUCAUUGGCUUCCUAUAAUUAGCUUGGGUAAAGAGGAAUUGUAUAUAGAAAGAUAAGCUGAGAAGGAAGGAUAGUGGUACUGUGUUUCUGACUGUGACAGUUCAUUAUUAGUUACAACAUGGAUACUCCCUGCCUGUGUGAAAUGAUCAACUGUGUACCUGUGUAUGUAUGUGUGUGUGUGAGAGAGAGAGAGAGAGAGAGAGAGAGAGAGAGAGAGAAAGAGAGUGUGAAUGAGUGUGGAGUGGAUGGCAGUGCAUUUUCUUUGUGUUGUCAGGAAACGAUUUUCUCUCCUUUCUCCGCCUGGGUUGAUGUCCUGUGCCAAGGCAGACUCAGUUUUAUACAGGGUCUCUGUGUAAAUUAAUUCCCUUCUCCUAGGUAACUGAAAUGUACAUAGUAGUGACUUAUCUGUGUUUUUUCUUUUUCUUUUUACUAAACAUAAGAAUAAGGAGACAGCCUUUCUAAAUAAAAUCCCCUUUUCCUGUUGUGGAAAUGCUGAAUUGGUGUCCCCUUGACUUUUUGUGCAUUUUGGAUUUUUUUAAAAUAGUAUUUCAGAUUGCAGUUCUUACCCAAUUUUCUUUCAUAGAUACAAAUUCUUUUUUGAUUAAAGGAUUGUGUCAACUUUUAAGUCCCUUUAAUGUAUCUUUUUAGUGAAUGAAAAUGUAGACCCCCCCUCGCUUUUUCUAAUGUUAAUCAUUACACUAUUUUGAAUUAGAGUGGUAUAUGACAGAGUGAUAUUGCUAAAUGUGAUUGAAAGAAAAAAAAAACUAAAAACUUAACAAUACAGUGACUGGGAUCACAAACCACUAGUAACAACUACAAUGAAUGGUAGCGUAUAAUAUGGAAGAAAUCU